UCAAAACUCACAGUCAACACCAUCAUAAAACAGUCUCAAAAAACAACUCAAGAAAUUGUAAACAAAAUUUUGGCGCGAAAAUACACCAACAAUGCCGGAGAAGAAACUAAAAGACACGAAGAAGGCUUCAUACCGAUCGAAACCCUGCGUAUCGAACCGAGAUGAUCGAGGAAAAGCGAGAUUAGACGAUCAAGAUGAAUCUGAAGAGAUGCCGAUGAGACGCAUUCGAUGCCUCGCGAUUCACCAGCAGGAUUCGCCUAAAUUAGGUGAAAGGUCCAGUUGGAGAAGUUAUACACCAUGGAGACAAGAAACUUAUCACAGAUCAGCCCGUCUAGAAAAGCAACUCAAGGUCCUCGAAGACCAAAUCGAUAAGCAAGUAAAACGGUUCCAAACCCAAUACUCACGGGCCUCGAACCCAACUCGACCCAAAGACGUCGCCAAACUUCUUGCACCCAGUUCUACACCACCUCUUGAACUAGCCACACUCUCUUGGCUCGGUGACUGGCGCCCAUCUUCCAUUUUGGGCCUUCUUAGCUCACUAACCCGGUCCUCACCCACCUUAGCCUCGUCGUUGACCCAUGCAGCCGCCACCGAGAAGGCUAUUCAACAACUGAUCCAUGACUUGCGGAUCGAGGAAGCUGUUAUUGAUGAAGAGUUAACAGAGAUUCAAGCUAAUUGCAUCCUCAACCUCCCUUUUGCACUGGCCCAAGAAAAGCCCAAUGGGCACACUAUGGACCAAGUUCACUCCGAGCUCAAAAAAGUCCACCGUUUAAUUCUCAAGGCCCAAAACUUCAGGAAAAUUGCAUUGGAGACUGUAGUGAAGAAAAUCUUGUGUCAAAGUGAUGCUGCUGAAUUUCUAGUUGCUUUUGGUGGAAUUCAAGAAACUGUACACCAAUUUUCUAGAGAUUAUAAAUUGAGGAAAGGCCCAGUAUGUGUGCCAUUGACUUGUGGAUCAGAAAAUGUGGCGGCUGACUGUGCUACUUAAUAGGUAAGUUUCUUUUAAAAUAGAUAGAUCAGAUGUACAACUGGUAAAGCAUUUUGUACCACCCAUGACAGCUAUUAGUCUGCAAGCCCAUUGUCCUGCAUGCAUAUGCAUUAGGUGUAACACAACUGGACUGUGCUGAUAUAUUGUUCUGUUCUGUCACAUCUGUAUGUACUUGAAAUUUUAUGCUUA